AUGUCCAUCAAGACCAUUGCUGUUCUCGAUGAAGCCGAGUUGAAAGAUGGCCAAAUGAAGGAAGUCGCUUUUGAAGAGGGCAAAGUCCUUCUGUCUCGCUUGGGCGAUGAAGUGCACGCAACAAGCGCAUUUUGCACCCAUUAUGGUGCGCCACUAGCGAAAGGUAUCCUCACAUCAGAUGGCCGGGUUGUGUGUCCCUGGCACGGAGCGUGCUUCAAUGUAUGCUCAGGGGAUAUCGAGGACGCUCCUGCACCUAUGGCGUUGCAUUCCUUCCAAACUCAGGUCAAAGACGGCAAGAUCUAUGUUACCGCAAACACGACGAUCACCCUCAAGAACAACAUGUCGCGACAGGCAACUUUACUUUCUACGGGUGUGAAUAGCACGGGAAAGGGUGUCGUCAUUGUUGGAGGUGGUUCUGGCACUUUCCACGCCGUCGAAAGCCUGCGAGAGCACGGUUAUGCAGGACCUAUCACUAUUCUGACGAAGGAGUCCCACACUCCAAUUGACAGGACAAAGCUCAGCAAAGCACUCUUGACAGAUGCCGCCAAAAUUGAGUGGCGUACUCCUGCAGAUCUCAAAAUAAAAUACGGCACCAACAUACGUCUGGGUGUUGAAGCUACGUCUGUGGAUAUCGAGAACAAGGUUGUCACCAUUGACAAUGGAAAAGACACCCUUGGUUAUGAUAAGCUCAUCCUGGCACCUGGUGGCACGCCGCGCCGACUUCCAAUAGAAGGUGCUCAAUUGGAAAAUGUCUAUACCUUCCGUAGCAUCGAAGAUUCCAAGAAGGUUGAUACAGCUGCGCAAGCAGGCAAGAGGCUUGUCGUGAUUGGAAGCUCUUUCAUUAGUAUGGAACUCGUCGCUACGCUCUCAAAACGCAAGCUAGCCUCUAUCGAUGUCAUUGGCUUGGAGGAGUUCCCAUUCGAAGUCGUGCUUGGAAAAGCAGUCGGCGCGGGAAUAAAGAAGUACCAUGAGUCGCAGGGCAUCAAGUUCCAUAUGUCCAGCAAGGUCGAGAAAUUUAUCCCGCAGGAAGAAAAUCCUAACCUCGCUGGGGGCGUUGUCGUGAACGGGGUCACACUUCCUUGCGACUUCGUGGUCAUGGGUGUCGGUGUUGCACCUGCCACCCAGUUCCUGAAAGGAAGUGGCCUCGAGCUGGAGAGAGAUGGUGGAAUCCGUGUCAACAAAUACCUCAGAGUGGUAUCAGGCAAAGACCAAAAGAACGUCUACGCGAUUGGUGACAUUGCGAAAUACCCUCAACCAGAUGGAACUGAAUCACGCAUCGAACACUGGAAUGUUGCCGGCAAUCAUGGUCGCUCUGUUGGAAGCACGAUCGCUGGAAAAGCUCAGCCGUUCGUGAAGAUUCCCGUCUUCUGGAGCGCCCAGGGUCAGCAAUUGCGCUACUGUGGGGUUGGUGUAGGAUACGAAGAUGUCAUCAUCAAGGGUGAUCCAGAUGAACUGAAGUUCGUUGCAUACUACGUCAAAGCAGACAAGAUUGUUGCUGUGGCCAGCAUGCAGAAUGAUCCGGUAGUGGCGAAGGCGUCGGAGCUCUUGAGAUUGGGCUUGAUGCCCUCUCCAGAUGAGAUCAAGGCUGGCAAGGAUCUGUUGUCAAUUGACAUCAGCACUGCCGGCACGAAACCAGAAGUUAUCGCUGAGCCCUGA